GUUCUAACUCACAAACAAAGCAUAACGUCUACCGAAUCUCAUUUGUAAAAACUAGUCCAAGUAUAACAAUCGGGCGCGGGCUGUUACGCCUCCGUUACCUGAUCUCGUGUUUUCCCGGCGCCCACCACCGCGCCACAUAUAAACUCCCCGCAUGGUUUCACUCGUCACAUUCGUAAACUUGCUACCGAAAAGCGUACUCCUUUUUUCGGUUUUUAGUGUGGUGCUUUAGUGAUUCGAAAAGAAUAUGGCCUUCAAGUUAACAAUCGUAGCGCUGGCGCUGGUGGCGAGCGCGUACUGUCGGAUGUUCACAUACGUCCGGCCCUCUGAAUCCAAGUCCGCGGCGACCGUUCAGCGCGCGCAGCCUCGCCUGGGCUUCGAGCACCACGUCUCCGAGGAUGAACACGUCGACUAUUAUGCGUAUCCAAAAUACGUCUUCAAAUAUGGGGUGAACGACUUCCACACUGGUGAUAUCAAAACUCAUCACGAGAGCCGCGAUGGUGACGUAGUCAAAGGGCAAUACACAGUCGUGGAGCCGGACGGUUCCCUGCGUACUGUGGACUACACGGCGGACAAACACAACGGGUUCAACGCGGUCGUGCACAAGACCGCGCCCAUCUCCCAGCACGAAGCCGCCCUUCUACACCAUCACUAGUGCUUACUAUAUUAGUUCAUAACUUACUUGUGUCACUGCAGGGAG